UUACUUGACAUAUUGGUUUAAUAUUUUUAGUUAAGUUAUACAACGUAUAUUUAUACUAACAAAAAUGGGUGAUAAAUUGUUGAAUGAAGAUUUCAUUCGAUUAUUUUGUCAAAAAAAUUCAGACGGCACCAUGCAUUUACGUCUUAAAGGCAACGAAUUGUAUCAGAGAUUCGGGCAUCGCUUACAAGCAAAGCACAUGAAAACCAUAGCGAAAUUUUUGAGAAAAUAUGACCAAAUCAUAAGUUUAGAUAUGAGUUACAACGAUUUCGGUGACGAGGGUAUGAGAAUGUUAUCGAAAUAUUAUUGGAAUCAUCACAACAACCUAUUGUAUUUACAAGUAAUGCAAUGCGAUAUACAUGCGGCCGGCAUGGAAUAUUUUUCAUCAUCAAAAUAUUUACGUCUCAUCACCUGUGAACUGAAUGGAAAUAAAAUUGGAGCUGAGGGUGCACGGUUCAUAGCAAGACUGAUUGAAAGAUGUCCCACUUUGGUACUUAUCGAUAUUGCAGAAACGGAUCAGACUUUAGAAAGCGUGGAAUCAAUAUUAAUUGUCACAGAAGCGAGUAAUUUGAAAGUUUUAGACAUUUCUAGGAUAAUUCCCAAUAGCUUUUAUUCGAGAUAUAACAAAUCUACUUUAGCUGACGAUUUGUCAGUUGCUCUAAAGUUGAAUGAGAAUCUGACCGAGUUACAUAUUCAAAAAUUAGAAUUUGAUGGGCACGAUGUGGAAAUCCUCUUGAGUGGUCUACUAGUAAAUAAGACACUACAAAUUCUCGAUUUGGGAUGCAACAGAAUCGGAGAUCUUGGUGUUGAAAUGAUAGCAGUUUGGUUAAAAUCCAGGCCAGCAUUGAGAGCUUUGAAUAUAUGUGCUAAUAAUAUUAGAGAUUCUGGUGCAAGAGCCUUGAGUAUGGGAAUGCCAUUCUCGAAUAUCCGAAUGCUGGACAUAAGCGCUAAUCAUAUUACAGAUAUUGGCCUCACUGAUAUACUCGAUACAGCUAAAAAAUAUUGCAGGAUAAGAAUUCUAUUUAUGUGGGGUAAUAGAUUUGGACCUACUGCUUGUGCGAGACUUGAAAGAAUGCUGAAAUCUACAGUACUUGAGCAAGAAUAUAUUGACGUUAAAAUUUAUACCGUUGAUGAAAAAUAUGAAGCAGUAUAUUAUCCAACAAAUCAUUACAAAUCAAAUUAUUACGCAAUCACCAAACCUGCAUGUCCAAACGUUAUUAAGAUUAUACGAAACAAAAUUUAUGGGCCGGACGCUCUCCCACGGGAAUUAUUAAAUAUUCCACAUAUCGGGAGAUAUCCGAAGGUGGAUGAAAGUCUUGGAUUGUACGUUAAAAAGAAAAAAUAUUGCGAUGAAUAUGAUAAGUGUGAUACUUAGAAGCUUCCAUUGAUUUAGAUCAUUAAUAUUUUUGAAUCCUUCAUCAAUAAUCCUGAAUCAUUAGAAAAGUUUCAUGGAAUGUUGUUUAAUAUAUUAUCAAACAGAAAAUCAACAGUCAAAUUGCGGUUUAUAUACAUACACAAUUGCUCAUUAUGUUUUUACUUCAUUAAAUCUUGUAUACGAGAAGAACAAA